GGCUGCGGGAGCCCAGCUCCGAGCCUCCCCGGCCGCCGCCAGCCCUCCUCCUCCCUCGCCCGUCGGCCUCGCCUGCGCCGGGAGCCCGCCGUGCGCGCCGGGCGUUGUCGGCAGCGGCGGCCGCGGCUCCCCCCGGGCUGUGCCGGCGGCUGGACCGGGGAGGGGGCGCGCGCACAUGGCGACCCAGGCGCACUCGCUCAGCUACGGGGGCUGCAACUUCUUCCGCCAGCGCCUCGUCUUGUCCACCCUGAGCGGGCGCCCCGUGAAGAUCCGCAAGAUCCGGGCCAAAGACGACAACCCCGGCCUCCGAGAUUUUGAAGCCAGUUUUGUGCGACUUUUAGAUAAAAUAACCAAUGGUUCUCGAAUUGAAAUAAAUCAGACGGGAACUACCUUGUAUUAUCAGCCUGGGCUCCUAUACGGCGGGUCAGUGGAGCAUGACUGCAGCGCCCAUCGGAGUAUCGGGUAUUACCUGGAGAGCCUUCUUUGCCUGGCCCCCUUUAUGAAGCACCCAUUAAGAGUAGUUCUCCGAGGCAUAACCAACGACCAGGUUGACCCUUCAGUGGAUGUUCUGAAGGCAACAGCCCUCCCUUUACUGAAACAAUUUGGAAUUGAUGGUGAAUCGUUUGAGCUUAAGAUUGUCCGAAGAGGAAUGCCCCCAGGAGGCGGAGGAGAAGUCUUCUUCUCUUGUCCUGUGAGGAAGCUCUUGAAACCCAUUCAGCUCACAGACCCUGGCAAAAUCAAACGUAUCCGAGGAAUGGCGUACUCUGUACGGGUAUCGCCGCAGAUCACCAAUCGCAUCGUGGAGUCUUCUCGGAGCAUCCUUAACAAAUUCAUUCCCGAUAUCUAUAUUUACACAGACCAUAUGAAAGGGAUCAACUCUGGAAAGUCCCCAGGCUUUGGGCUCUCACUUGUUGCAGAGACCACCAAUGGUACCUUUCUCAGUGCGGAGUUGGCCUCAAACCCCAAGGGCCAGGGAGCAGCGGUGCUCCCGGAAGACCUUGGCAGGAACUGUGCAAAGCUAUUGCUGGAAGAGAUUUAUAGAGGAGGCUGUGUGGACUCCACCAACCAGAGUUUAGUUCUGCUCCUCAUGACCCUUGGACAGCAGGAUGUUUCCAAAGUCCUGCUAGGACCGCUGUCUCCCUACAC